UCGUGAUCAUAUACACUUGUUGUUUGUUGUUAUAUUUAAUUAUCUGUCUAUAAGCUGUGUCUGUGUUUUUCGGAAACCGUCACAAGAAGUGGAAGAUCGCGAUUUUUCAGAGGAAUCUAGGUUGACACCUGAUUCUUCUCGAGGGGGAGUUCAGAGAGAGUGAAAAUUCUUUCCAGCCUCCUUCCGGCCCAGACAGCAACGGCAGAGUCAAAGCGUUUUUGAACUACAAGUGCAAGAGAUUCGUACGCUCGGCUAGAACGUGUGUUUCAAAGCGAGUCGCGCGAUCCGGCGUUCUGACAGAUCGUUGCGAUCCUAUCAAUUUGGUGAUUUAAAAAAAAAAAUUCGCAAAGCAGCAAAAACAAUCCCGAAAAAAAGUGAUUUUAAAAACAAUUAAAUUGUGCUGAGAAAAAGUGAUCCGGCAGUGGGAAGUUUGUCUUUGAUGAAAUAUCGAGCAGGCGAAAAAAAAAAUCUAAAAACUUGAAGAGUGCAUCGCGAGUGAAGUGAGUUUGAGCAGCGGCAAAAAAAUCUAUAAAUCGUAAAAAGGCAAAGAAGCGAAAGGAAGUAAAAACUGUUUCUCGUCUAGUUGAGCUUAAGAAGCAUCAGCGGCAGCAGUAGAAGAAAGUAUCCCGUUGAAAGCGAGGAAAUUUAUCGCUCGUUAAAGUAGUGGGUGUUGCAACGGGCGGAAAAUCUGCUUCCCAGUCAAACCGCGGCAUACCGAGAAGAAGAAGAAUCUCAUAUAAAUCAUAAAUACAUACCGCAAGGAGAAGACCAACCAACCCAAAACCCAAAACCUAAAAAAAAAAAGUUUUGUGGAAGUGUGGCGUAGUAGGGAGCCAUAGCGAAAGAGAGCGAGAGCAGAUCGGCGGAGAAAACGCAUUCUCUUGUGUGAGUUUAAUCAAUUUAAUAACAUUCACCCCAACCACCCUCUCGAAAAACCACACUGAAAGAAGUCAGAAAAACAUACACAGUUUAGUGAAAAAAUAAAACUCUCGCAGUUCGAAUCGUUCCUGGACGAAGACGGCGACGACGACGACGACGAAUAGCAGCAAAACUAGCAAAUAAAAGCAUCCAAAAGAGAAGCCAAAGUUAUUCCAAUAUUAAUUUCGGUUCCUGCAAGUGAAUUCAAUACAUUCCAUAUGGUUCACAUGAUAGAAAUCGUUCGUCAAGGGAAAGUUGACUUUCCUCAAGUGAUUAUGAACCGUGCUAUUCAAGUUAAGCCAGCGGAUAGCGAGAACCGCGGUGAUCGAAAGCUUUUCGUUGGCAUGCUUAGCAAGCAGCAAACCGAGGAGGAUGUAAGACAGUUGUUUAACGCAUUCGGAGCCAUAGAAGAGUGCACGAUACUGAGAGGACCAGACGGUGCCAGCAAAGGUUGCGCCUUUGUGAAAUUUACCUCGCAUCAAGAAGCUCAAGCUGCUAUAACAACCCUUCACGGUAGUCAAACUAUGCCGGGUGCGUCCUCUAGCUUAGUGGUCAAGUUUGCGGACACCGAGAAAGAGAGGCAACUCCGUCGUAUGCAGCAAAUGGCCGGUCAUAUGAACCUGCUGUCCCCGUUCGUCUUCAACCAGUUCGGACCGUACGGUGCCUACGCACAACAGCAACAGGCAGCACUGAUGGCCGCGGCCACCGCACAAGGAACCUACAUCAAUCCGAUGGCUGCACUUGCAACACAAAUACCUCAUGCGUUGAACGGUUCAGGACAACCCGUGAACGGUGCCAUCCCAUCGCUACCAUCGCCAACGAUGCCGACCUUUAACAUGGCAGCACAAACGCCGAACGGGCAACCGGCCGGCUCCGAAGCGGUCUACACGAACGGAAUCCCUCAAAGCUACCCAGGGCCCAUUUACGUAGAUGCACUCCACCUGUCGAUACCGGCCCAAGGACUUCCAAAUGGGGACGCUGCUCUACCGCACGCGGCGUAUCCCGGCAUCCAACCCUAUCCAGGUGUCGCCUACCCAGCCGUAUAUGGACAAUUUCCGCAAGCCAUACCACAACCGAUUGCCACCAUUGCACCAGCACAACGUGAAGGCUGUUCCAUAUCGGGCCCAGAAGGUUGCAACCUAUUCAUCUACCAUCUGCCGCAGGAAUUCGGCGACGGAGAGCUGAUGCAGAUGUUUAUGCCCUUCGGUACUGUGAUAAGUUCGAAAGUCUUCAUCGAUCGGGCCACGAACCAGAGCAAGUGUUUCGGUUUUGUGUCAUUUGACAAUCCAGCCAGCGCUCAAGCUGCAAUCCAAGCCAUGAAUGGUUUUCAGAUUGGUAUGAAAAGACUGAAAGUUCAGCUGAAGAGACCAAAAGACGCCAAUAGACCCUAUUAACAAUCAGAGAUCAAAAGCGCUUUAAAGAGUGCUUCUGCUGAAGCUUUAAAAUACGAAGUAAAUCCUUAGACAAAACAAAACAAACUAUAUCAUCAAUUAAAGAAAAGUGAAAAAUACAAAAAACAACCGACAAAAUCUUACACACUAAAAACUAAAAAAUUCUACUGUGAGCUGCUACCACACUGACAUGGCGCACUUUUGGAUGCUAGAAUUAUGCGAGAGAUAAAAAAAAGUCAUCCCCAGUUAAACAGCAACAACAACAACCGCCAUCACAGCAAAUUUAACUAAUAGGCAUGAAAAACAGGCAGAAGAAAGCAAACUCAAGUCCAACUCUAGUCAAAAGCCGCAAACCACACGAAAGUCAUUAGAAAAGCUAUCCUCCGCCCAUCCCCCCAUCUUGCUCUUUCUCCAUCACAGGACUUAUAUAGUGAACUCCUCGUAGCGAGUGAAAAGUUUAGUCGCCACCUUUUGCACGAUCCUUGAGUUGUAAGUUCUCCCGAAAAACAAAAUAAAAAUAUGAAACUGAUAAACCGUGAUUAGAAUCAUUAUGUGAGAGCACGUGAAACGAGCCUGGAACCGAACCCAUUGCAUUGGAUGAAUGAAAAAAAAAGAAGAUAUCUCUCAGUUGGAAUUCAUCAUGCUCUGUACAUUUUUAGAUAUAUGAAAAAUAAAAACAUAUAUUAUAUAUAUACAAUUCCUAAGAAUAUUUAUACAUUAGAUUGUAACAAUGAGGCAGAACAUGAGGGAAGGUUUUUUUUUCUGUUUCAACAUUUUUUCAUCGUGCCAUUUCGGGGAAAGGACAUAACCAAAAAACAGGAAAUUUAAAAGUAAAGUAAGUUAUUUUUCGUGCGAGACAAGAAUUCAAAGUUAGACUAAGGAUCAGCGCUGCGUACUUUUUGGCAUACCUACGCAUGCGGAGACGACUUUUACCGACAGGAGAGUAAACUGUGCGAACAAAAAUCAUACAUAAAUAAAAUUGAACCUAACCACUAGACCACUGAAGUUCUAUAUACAUAAAUUAAGCGAAAAAUACCAUUACAUAGGAAGUUAGAUAAAAAAGAACUUAUUAAAAGGAGUAUUUAAAAUUAAAACCAAACACUAGUGACGUAAUAGAGCAAAAUGAAUGGGGAUAGGUAGCGCAUCCUAAUCGGAACUUUGUUGGACUGCAUCACAGAAGAACAAAGGCAACGUGCUAUUUUACAGUAGCAUGAGGGGAAGCUGAUCUGGCCCGUGGUCGAACGGGAAGGCAGAAAGAAACAAUUGCCCAUCACUUAGUAUACUAGCUAGAAGUAAUUUAUCUAUAUAUUGAGGAAAAUGGAACACAUCCACUAAACACAUUUACAUUGAAUUAAAGAAAAAAAAACACUAACAAAAAAAAACACAACACACAAUAUAUUUGCAUUACACGGCAAAAAAACAUAAUUAUUGAAGUAUGACUUAGUGAUCGAGCGUACUUAGAGAAAAUUUAACAACCUAAACGGGCUGGAUUAACAGCUCGGAGUUACUUAUUACUUACCACAAGUAGCAUGCUUGGAAGUAGUUUGAUUGUUUUUAAGUUUCAUCCUUUAUUGAAUCGCAUUUAUUUAUCUUCACAUUUGAGCAUCAUUUUACCUAUUUCAGUAUUAAUUUAUUCAACUUAUAAGUACUCUGUAUCUGUAGCCAUGAGCGUCUAUUUUAAGUUCCAAUCCUGCCCCUAUUCUCUAUCUCCCGUCGCUAACUAACUGAUUUUGUGAUUUUUAAGUGCAAUAUCAAUACAUUGUUUUUGUCUAGUCUUCUUAGAAGAGCGAAUUUACUACUUGAUAAUACAAAUUUGUUAGAGGCACUAGUGCUGUGUAAAAGAAAAAAAAAUGAAACUAGGUUUAAUUAACUAUUUAAUAAAAGAUGACAAAACCAAGUUCAGCUUGCAGAAAACCAACUACUAACGACCCCCCCUUAACAAUGCGUUAUAAGCUAAUUAACCACCAAACAAGUAAGUGAACAAACCUACAUUCAUUCGAGAUGAAUCUACAGCUAAGUGAAGCCAAAAAUGAGAUAAACUUGUGAAGGUUAAAAAAAAAGCCAGAACAAAACCACGUUAGAGAAAUGGGUGAAAUACCAGAAAACACGUAUUUAUUAUGAAAUAUAGUUCGAAGUGCGAAAUAAAUACAGCAUACCAAAACUAGGCAAGAUAGUACUGUGUAUAGUCAAGGCAGUUUUUUGUCUCCUUCCAGAUUUGAGUUACGCGAGCACCACACACUCACACACUCUAACCUAGUUUAAUUUUGGAGCACUAGUCGAAGGAAAUUGAUGAGUUUUGCACAUUAGGUUUCCUCCCCCGGUGCCCUCCUCCCUCGGAGUGCUGCGGGAGAACGCGAACGGUACGGUAGAGUUCUUCACAAGCGGUAAGUCCUAUUCCUGAACACAAUGUAGAGGCUGUAGAGUUGUAUCGGGUUUUUGUUGCUGUCCUGUCCAACUGUCCAACUUGCUGUGGAGGAGAGGGUUGACGCUUCCGGUUAACCACCCACACGCAGGUCUCUACCGUAGAUCAGCAGGAUAAUGUGUGUAUUAAAAAUCGCGCUGCAGAAAAGUGGAUUUCAUGGCGAGGAUUACCUAUAUUUUUAAUUAGAAAAGUGUGAGGAUUAAGUAUGGUUUAUGCACUUCCUUCCUGCAGCAGCGGUGAAUGAACGAACUCUGACGAGGUUCGGUCUUGUUUGGAUGAUUUUGCUUCCCUUUAUUUGAUGGAUGAUUUAUCCGGAACGUGGGGGCGGCGAGUUUCAUAUCUCGUUCUUAUGAUGGCAGUAAAGUGGGAUUGAGGGUAAUGAAGCUUUUUAAUUAAAAUUAGAAGUUACCUUUAACGUUGGCUUCCGAUUUUUACUUUUGGGUUGAAUUGUAGCAACUUAUAUCACAAUUAAAUUAGAGCACAACGCACAUAGAAGCGCAAAGAUACAUUUGUUGAGUUAGAGUCCUUUUAGUUACUAAGAGCAAAAAUCAAACAAAAGUUUAGCGCACAAUUUUCGAACGGUGACUACAAAAAAGUGAAGCUUCCGUUUGGGAAAAUGGUACCCCUCCAUCGUUUGUAUCGCUAUGAUCCCUCUGAAUUCACACAAAAAGUUAAAAAGCUAGGUAAUUCAACAAAUGGGCUGUGAUUUAAAUGUUUUAUUUGUAUGAAAACUCGGACUAUUUUAUCUAUAACCACUAUCGAUGCUAGAGAUUUUGUGUUCCAAACCAUUUGAAUCAAAUUGAAUGUGUAUAAUCGAACGUCUGUAAAACGAUGCUAGUGACACCUACUACUACUACUACUACUACUACUACUACUACUACUACUGCUACAGUCUGCCCGGCAUCUGGCAAACUAUUGUAUCUGUGUACAGCUGUACAGAACGCUGGCUGAUGUAGCGAAAACAAAAUCCGGCAUAGUUACUUAAUUAUUUUCCAAAAUCAAAACCAACACCAUUCUCGAUGUUUGCUUGUAAAACUGUUGAAUCCCAUCAAUUCAAUAACUCAAUAAUCGAGAUGAGAUCGUAUAGUGGCUAUUGUUCUCAGUGUUUCCGUUGUUGAUGUGAAACUCGAAGUUAAUUACUACUACUACCACGUGAUUAGGGCUGUCGAAGAAGAUGAGCGAAUGGAAAUUGAAACAAACCAGUACCUUAACACCUAAUAAUUAGGAAGUAAAUCGAGAAAAUUAAGAAAAUUAUUUACAACAAAUUAAUGUCGUACUCUUACAAUAGCUGUCGAGGAGAUUGAUUGGUUUUCUUUCAAUAAUCUACGAACCGACGAGGAGGUACCAUCGAUCCAACGGGGAAGCUUCGUAGCUUACAGGGAAAAAAGUCACCAUUUUAAGGGAAAAGUUCCAAGUCCUCGGCCAUCGAAUCCACCGACUGCAGCCAAACCCUAUUGCCAAAUAUUAAUUGACGCAUUUAGACCGUGUAAAUACUGUACAUUUUUACUCUAGUGUCAUAAUCUCUUUAAACAAAAAAAAAAGCUAAACACUUAUACCUAUAGGGAAUAGAGUACCACGUAAAAAAAAAAACAAAAAGAAAGGAAGCGAAAGGAAGAGAGUUGAUUAAAUCAUAUCAGUUUGAAAGUAAUUAUUUUUAACAAAACAAACAUACCUAUACCUAUACACAAAACAAAAAACACCGAUAUACUUAACGAAAAAAAAAAUCGCAUAUAUAGCAUAUAGUUUUGAACAAACAAGUAUAAAAAGAACAAGAAAGGACUACAGCCCAACGAAAGUGAACCCACCUUUUAACGAGCAUGCUUUCGAUUGGUUUCUCCCCAAACUUCCUUCAGCCUCACCUCGCCUGUGUUCCCUUGCUCCUCUUGAUUGGUUCCAAACCAAAAUACUGUUAGAUAUGUUUGGCUAUUGAUGGUAGAAUGACCAGUAGAAGUUUACCUAGUGCCGGCAGCUAUAAAUUAUCCUCGUCGUUCGAUCCGUGUAACCAGCUUCCGUUGCCUGUAGAAGAUAAACAAAAACCUAAUCAUUAGUAGAAUUUCGUUUCCCCUUCCCCUCAAAGCUCCUCUAUCCCACCCUCGCAUUAUAAACUGCUCUACACACAAUGUUUAAGCAUGAUUAACCUCGUAGAAGAAAAUGAUUUCACACCUCCCCCUUUUCACGUGUUGCAUUGUUUAGGAAAAGCAGCUACUGAGAGUUAAACAAAAAGGAGAUUAAUCACCAAAGGGACAACACUAAGAAAAUAGAAAUCAACUUUAUAUAUGCCCGUAUCAAAUCCGUACUGAGAUAUACAUUUAAAUGAUCAAUGCAGAUGUAAGAAAAAGAGAGAGAGAGCGCGAGAGAGAGGUAGUUUUUAAAAGACGAAAGAUGUGAACGAGCUCGGUCUCUGCGCCUUUCACACCCAAACACACACGCACCUACGCAUAGCGAAAGGUUUGACUGUGGUUGACUGACACGUACUCUCCUCCGUAGGGAAUGAUUUGGUUUUUGAUGUAGCAGCGUGAUCAUACAACAUCACAGUCACAAAGAGACAGGCGACUUGUCCAACGCUUAUUGCGUCAAACUAAAAACAAAAUGGUUGAGACUCGCCGACCGGGUUUGAACAAUCCGUUCGUGAAUUGGUUGAAGAAUGGUGCUGUCGGGAUUCAAAACGCUUUUACGAAAUCAAUAUAACCAGGCCGUUGUAUUUCGCUCAAAUUUUAGUCCCGUUUACUUUAAUUCGCAAAAGUGAAUAUUAGAGUAAAUAUCAGUCACAUGCAGGCAUAGAAAAUCAUUUGCAUUCAUUUCGUGCAUUAAUUUACAUUCGUUUGCCUCUAACUUGUUUCAUCAACAGCAUUCCGCAAAAUUAUGUAUAGAGCUUUUGUAGGUUUUGUUGUUAGCUACAACUUUUGAUAACAAAUCCGUAUCUCUGAUGCAUGACGAAUCAGAGCGAACAGAAGCCACUACUGUUUUUCAGUGAAUGUAUUUUACAUUCACUGAAAAAUAGUAACAAGUUCUGCCCGCUCUAGUUCCUGAUGCAUAAGAGAUAAAGAUUAUGACCAAAAGUUGUAGCUAAUAACAAAACCUACAAAAGCUCUAUACAUCAUUUUGCGGAAUGCUGUCGAUGAAAAAAGUGGGAGGCAAAUGAAUGUAAAUGAAUGUAUAAAAUGAAUGUAAAUGAUUUUCCAUGCCUGGUCACAUGCCAGCUAAAAUGCUCGAAUAUGAAAAAAACAUCGAGGAGAAUUGUACUCAGUCAAUGAGUGACCGUGGCUUAUGCGAAUUUUAGUAAACAGAUCUCAAAUUUGAGUGAGAUUCAACGGUCGUUCGGAAUCGAGCGGUGACUUCGGCGAGAUUUCGUUCGUUCCCACCUAGCUUUCGAAUGUCUUCGUUGAACGCAACACCGACCAAAAGUAGGUACCAUGGUUUGGUCUAAGAGUCAAACAUUGGAAAAUUCAUUAACUCGCACGAACACCACAGAAACUAAACAGCCUCAACCUCACCUACAAACAGAUUGGCGAACGAGUAUAAAUUCUUCGAACCAAGUCACUCUGCAGGUAGACUUGGAACUGACAGCAGUAGAAGGAAUGCAUAUAAACUGAUAAGACAGCCGAACAAUUCUACAGUGAGCAUGCAUAAGGGCGAAUACGCGAUGAUCGAUUCUCUUCAUCGACUUUCUCUUUGCAUUGCUACAGCUAAGCGAAACAAUUUUCUAGAAUUUGUUCAAUGCAUAGUAGUAACAGGUUGUAUUGACUAUCAAAAGCAACAGCAAACGCACCGAGAAACGUUAAAUCUAGCGAGUUAUUAACAAAAGAGAAAAUCGAGGAAGAGAAUCGAUCAUCGCGUAUAGGCCCUUAUGCAUGCUCACUGUCGAAUUGUAUCUACCGAGAGAGAACCCGAUUGAAUGCGGGUAAACCUGAACACUAACGAUUCAAAUAGCCGAGUGAGAUAUUUUUUGGCUCAAUGAUUUGAAUCAGGCCAAUUCGCAUCAGUUUUACAGUAUUUACGUGACGCUUACGAUAAUAUGUUACAGUAUAAUACUUUUCUCCAUGUUGAAUACCAAUUUAAACGUUAAAAUUUAAAAACAGCUUAUGCAUAAUACUAUAAAAUAAAAAGUGAUUAUUUCUGCAAACUUCUCACUCAGAAUGCCAUCGUAAAAAUCUCAGUAUUUGCAUCAUUCAUGUUACGCUCAGCUAUCUGUCUUGCUCACUUCUACGUUCAUCGAUGAAAAUAGAAGCAAUAAAAAUACGAACGAAAUCAGUGCGGCUUGCACAAGCUACUGAUCGUUUCUGAUGUUGCAUGCGUGUGAGUGAGUAGUAGAGGGAGGAGGGGCAUAGUGAACAGGUGGGGCAUAGUGUGCAUCCCACAGUUUGGCCCUGGAUCUCUAGCUGCAUGAAACAAAUCAACUGGUAGUAGGUUCAAUAUCAUUAUGAUAUUGAUCCUACCACCAAUAAAUUUGUUCCGAACGGCCGGAAGUCCAAGCUGGUGCACGGGAUGCUCACUAUGCCCCACCUGUUCACUAUGCCCCUCUAACCCCUAAAUGAAAAGUGAAACGAUUUUUCCCAUGCUUGCUGAGAGUAUUUAUUUUCGGUACCGAAAUAACCCACUAGCGACAAUCGAUUUUACUCUCAUUCUGUACGUUGAACAUAGUGUUUGAAGAAGUGCGCUGCACAGCGCAGAUUGUGCAAUUACAGCGCACUAAUUCCGACACUCUGUUUAACGUACAGAACGAGAGUAAUAUCGAUUUUCGCAAGUGGAUUAUUUUAGUUUUCAACUGUACCGACAAUAUAUUGUUGUGUUCAGAGCGUAAAAUUAUUGACUGCCUAGGCUGAGUGUGAAAGCACUGCACUCUUCAAUCCAUCGCUCUGUGCAGACCGUUUGUACCAAACGGUAAAGAACGAGGCAAUGAAAGAGCCAACAAAAACAUUCAGUCACUCACGAGCAGGCGACGAACACCGCUUGCCUUCGCUCACACAGCAUGUAAUUGAGUUAUUUUUCCAUAGAAAAUGUACGCUCAGUCAUUCAAAACAAAUAUUGGGUAGGUACCAUCAGGGCAAAAUAAACGUGUUGACUGAGCUACUGACUGAGUGCUCGGCUGUCAGUGACUCGUUUACCUCUCAAUGAUUCAGACUCUCACGAGGCAGUGAAUGAGGCGGCAGCUUCAUAUUCAUAUCAAAAUGACUCAAUGAGCCGGACUGUUUUGCGCACUGGUUUUGUUAAUAAGUGAUUCUAUUUAACAUGCUGGCACAUUUCCAACUGCAUUCGAUUUCAACAGCCGAAUGAGCAUUUUGAAGAAGUCUAGCUUUGCAUUGACACACGUAAAUUAUGAUCACGUUGUACGAUGAUUGUUUUAGAAAUUCUUUCAGCUUCUUCCUUCUUUCGUUCUAUUUCUGUCAGCACCGAGUCGACGUGCAGAGACACUUGCACUCAUUCCGAAAUCUGUUUUAUCAAUCGAGUAUGCUAUUUUUUGGUUCUGUGGUGCCCAUGCUAGAGAAUUAAAUUUUCCAAGCUUGGCUUGGAUGAGCUCAGUUAAAAUACUUGAUUUUUGUUCAGUACUCAAACAAUUCCCCACAUAAUUAAAAAUUGAUUUCCAUCGUAAAACCUCUUUUCUUAAAUUUUGAGCUUUACUGGCAGAAACAAGGAACUUCUUAGCGAGCUUGUAUACAAUUUGGUCGAUUCAUGCGACAUAUCGCCUUAAUUUGCAUGAAUUUUUGAGUAGAUUAGUGCCAAAUCUAAAGCGUACAACGUGUGUGCUAUAAAUCGCAGAUAUUUCUAUCGGUGUACAGCAUUUCAUACCACUACACUGUGGUUCCUAGCUUCUAAAUAUACGUUGAAAUAUCGUGCGAUUGUCAUUUGAAAAUGUUAGUAAUUGCACUAAUUGUACAUUCCUUGGCAAACAAGUUGGCUUCAUACGACUUCUUUUUAAACGAAUUUAAUUCGCUUUGUUUUCUGAAUCCAGGUUGCCAAUCUCUGGUUUUGCAAAGCUUAAAUUAGCUGAUUUUGAUCUCUUGACCUUAUAUUCGUUAAAGCGCAAUUAAUGUAUCACGAUCCAGAUACCAAAUGUGAAUAAUACCGUCGAAGGCUUUUAUUUUGAGAAGAUCCUUCUUCAAUCUGAAGAUCAUGACUCUUUUGGAUCAUGAUUUCCGUAGGGUAAUAUGAUCUUAAAUGCACCCCUGAGGUUAAAUGUCCCGCGUUGUUUUUCAUAGCUUUCCCAUUGUCAAUUUGUAGAUUUAACGAGCAGCGUUGUUGAUUCAGUACUUGAACUAGCAUUCUGGCUCAUCAAAUCCCAGAAUUAGUAAUGGAAAAGCAACAAAAACCACGCGGGUCCAGUUAACCACAGGGAUGCGUCAUGGAUUGUUCUCCCCUACCUAGACUAUAGUGGACGCCCAUUAGACGAUCAUCAAUCAAUCAAUCUUUAUGACAAUACUCCGCAGGGUAUCGUCGUAGUCAAAUUUCAAAUCAGAAACAACGACAGUCUCUAAUUCAUUUAGAAUCUAUUUUGGACUGCAUACGUUCAAUGAUGAGCGACAGCUAAGGCGAGUGUUUCAAAAUGCGAUGUCUUACGUAUCGUUGCCCAAAUGAGUCCCAGAAAGGCUGCCAAUUCCAUCUAGGAAGACAUCAACUUGCACAUCCUUUCAGAGUCACUCUUCUGCUCAUUUCAAUUCAUGUUGAUUAAAAACGGCCAAAUCCAGCUUGAAGCUGUGCUGCCAAUUUUCGAAUCCUGCUAUUUAGAAACGAUUCAACAGAAGCACUCAAUCAAUUAUGUUGUCUUUUCAUCUUCCUCAAUUGGGUUCUUAAAUUUAAAAAAAUAUAUGUCGGUAUUUAUACAUCAUCUGAAAGAGCUUCGUUUUCUGAGCUCAACGGUAGUUUUUUCGAACCCAUUCUCGAUUUUUACAUCAAGAUGUAAAGCAAAAUAAUAACUUUGCAUUUUGACACCUAACUAGCUCGCUCCCAUACAAAGUCCUUCGGAGGGGCGCUGAGAUGUUGAUUUUUGCAAAGGUAAUCGCAUCGGAUUUAUAUGCAUUUACCUCAAUACCCCUAAAGAACCCAAGUGAAGAUAAACUGUUUCAAGAGAGCCACAUUUGCUGUCAAUUGAGUCACGUUCACUUUCGAUUAGGCUCUCUAGGAUUAUUGAUGUAAUUACAUGUAAUCUGCAUAAAAAAGUGGAACCGACAUCCAAAAUGCAGUUUAGUGUGGAGCGAGCUGUUACUCCGAAUAGAUUUUUUUGGAUCGAAAACAAAACAUCAUUGUGCUCAAAAAAUUAAGCAUUUUCAGAUGUUGAAUAAUAAAAUAAUCGGUAUAUUUCUUAAAAUUUAAGAAAACAAUCGUGUUGUUUUAUUUUGAAAAAAAAACGGUUACUAUACAUCAUCUGUAAAGGCUUCGUUUUCUGAGCACAACGAUAUUUUUUUUCGAUCCCAUAAACUUCCAUCUCUAUUUUUAAAUCAAGAUUUAAAGCACUGCUUGACACUUAACUAACAAAUUGACAGCUCGCUCCCAUACAAACUCCCACCGAGGGGCGCAUCGGUUGUGAUUUUUGCUGAUGUAAUUGCA